AUGACCAAGAGUGUGCCCAAUGGCCCCAAUCAGCUGAGAAGGAGCCUUCUUUUCCUCAUUGCAAGCCUAUGUAUCAAUGUCCUACACAACAGCGAUGUAUCCUCUAUUGAGGAACUUAGGCAAACCCUCGGUGUGCUAGUACGAACUUGUAAAGAAACAGGCAAGCAAAGGACUGAGCUACUCCGCAACAUCUACGCCAAGACGAUGGAACGCAUCAAUCGGCAACCAGGGAACCUCGCCAAAAGGGUUUUGCUAUGGGUCUUGUGCGCAAGAAGACCAAUGAGCUGCGAUGAAAUGCAGGAUGCUCUUGCAUGUCAGCCAGACCGAUGGAAUGAAGAAAAGAGCGAAUGGGAUGCAUCCCACAUUUCCGAGGAUAAGAUUCUAUCCGCCUGCCUAGGUCUCAUCACCAUGGAUACUGGGUAUGUCCGCCUUUCUCAUCAUACUGCCUAUGAAUUCUUCGCCUCUGUCAGAGAGCAGGAAUUCCCGGGGGCGGAUGACGAGAUCACAAAAGUAUGUUUGGCAUAUCUCUCUGCUUACAGGGAUCGACCGUACGUUCCUCGCCCGCUCUUGUUUGGCUUUGGUGCUCCCCGACAUUCACCGGCGUCAUAUUGGAGAUGCGAAUUUUACCGAUAUGCGGUAUUCAAUUGGGGCGACCAUGCUCGGAACGCUUCCACUUGCCAAGAUCUCCUUGACAACUUCCUCAAAGACCCAGCCAAUGUAGAUGCAAUCUCUGAAAUCCUCGAUCACUCGCUGCACCAACUGCGAUCUGGGCCUCUGUCCCAUCCGGAAGAGAGAACGACCAAGUUACACUGGAUCGCCUAUUUCGGCCUUGAGCAAGCCUGUCUUCGCCUGAUUCGUAAAAAUAAGUUCCCCUUCCAGCGAGAGUGGAAGAAGAUGGUAAACCACGCUGCAUCAUCGAAGAAAAUGACACCGCUUCACUAUGCUGUCCUCGAAGGCCAUGUUUCUGUGGCGAAGCUGUUGAUCAAACAUGGCGCUUCCGUCAAUGCAGUGAACAGGAAUCUGAAGACUGCUCUUGAUCUAGCAGGUGAUCCGGACGAUACGAACACAGACCUCAUAAACCUACUGGAAAAGCACGGUGGCCAAGGAUUUGAAAGCCCCAAGUCAAAAUUCAGACACAACGUGGAAAUGGCUAUCACGAUGUACCGUCUGGUGAGGAGAAUAAUGUGGUAUAUGAGUGAAUUCCGCAGAUUUGAUGCGGAAAGGGAAGAGGAACAAAGGAAGACGUCAAGAGCAGGCGAAGUAGAACAACAAGAUUAA